AUGUCAGCACGUAAGAACCGAAAUCGUUUGCAAAAUGAGUUUGAUGAAUUGGAAAUAAAAUGUCAAAAUUUGUCUCCUUAUUCAAAUUUUGAAUAUUUCAAUGAAUUGCCUUUGUCGUCAUUAACUCAAGAAGGUUUGCAAGAAUCAAAUUAUAUCCAAAUGACUGAAAUUCAACGUAAGGCUAUACCUUUGGCUUUGCACGGUAAAGAUGUUCUAGGGGCUGCUAAAACAGGCAGUGGAAAGACAUUGGCUUUAUUGAUUCCAUUGAUCGAAAAGUUAUUUAGAGAAAAAUGGUCUCAAUUGGAUGGAUUAGGUGCUCUUGUUAUCGCGCCAACACGAGAAUUGGCUGUUCAAAUAUUUGAAGUACUUCGGAAAAUAGGAAGAAAACAUACUUUAUCGGCUGGACUUGUUAUUGGGGGAAAAAAAUUAGAAGUAGAGCAAGAGCGUAUUAAUAGAAUGAAUAUUCUAAUAUGUACACCUGGACGUUUGUUACAACAUAUGGAUCAAACAGCUAGUUUCAAUUGUGAUAAUUUGCAGAUUUUAAUUUUGGAUGAAGCAGAUCGUAUCCUCGACAUGGGUUUUGAGAAAACAGUCAAUGCAAUAAUAGAUAAUCUUCCCAAAGAACGUCAAACACUUUUGUUUUCUGCUACACAAACGAAUUCCGUGAAAGAUUUAGCUAGGCUUAGUUUGACAUACGUUUUUGUACACGAACAAUCUGAACAUAGUACUCCACCUAAUUUAUCACAAUAUUAUUUGUUAUGUAAAUUGCCAGAGAAAUUAGAUAUCUUAUUUUCUUUCAUUAAAUCUCAUCUGAAAACUAAGGGUCUCGUAUUCUUUUCAAGUUGUAAACAGGUUCGAUUUGUUUAUGAAACCUUUUGUAAAAUGCAACCAGGAGUUACAUUGAUGCAUUUACAUGGAAAACAAAAACAACACAAACGUUUAGAAAUAUUUAAUAAAUUUUCAUCUAUAAAAUAUGCAUAUUUAUUUGCUACGGAUAUAGCUUCCAGAGGGCUUGACUUUCCGGCCGUUGAUUGGGUAAUACAAGUAGAUGCACCAGAAAAUGCUGAUACGUAUAUUCAUCGUGUUGGGCGUACGGCUAGAUAUGAAGCUCCCGGUAAUGCAUUAUUAUAUUUAUUACCAAAUGAAGAACAAGGAAUGUUGGGUGUGUUAGAAAAAAAGAAAGUUCCAAUUGAAAAAAUAAAAGUUAAACCUAGUAAGAUAACGAGUGUACAGAAACAAUUACAGUUAUUAUGCUUUAAAGAUCCCGAAAUAAAAUAUCUAAGUCAAAAGGCUUUUAUAUCAUAUAUGCGAUCCGUAUACCUUCAAAGCGAUAAGUCUAUAUUCAAUGUAAACGAAUUACCAGCGGAAGAAUUUUCUUCUUCUCUUGGAUUAUCCGGAACACCAAAGAUUAAAUUCGCAAAGAAAUCAGGGUCAAAAAAUGACAUACGUGAGAAAUCCAAAGAAAGGAAUGAAAGAUCAGAAAUUGGGAUUUCAGAUGAUGACAUAAAUUCUGUGGAUAAUCAAAUUAAAGUUGAUGAAAAAAAAUCCAAACCAAAAAAAACCAAAUUGGAGAAAAUGUUUCAACGAAAAAAUAUGUCAGUAUUCACAGAUCAUUAUAAAAAAUUGGUAGAAUAUGAAAGUGAUAAAGAGGAUGAGUUUAUUACACUUAAACGUGUAAAUCAUGAAUUACCAGAGGAAUUCGAACAAAAGAAACCCGAAUCAUUAUCAAAACGAAAACUUUUGAUGGCAAAAUCAAAAAAACAUUCUAUAGCGAAUGCUCCUAGAGGCGAAAAACUUUUGUUUGACGAAGAUGGAAAUUUUCAUGCAGCUGGACCUGUAUUAGACCAAAAGAAGAAAUUCUUGGAUAAAGAAUUGAAAGUUAUGGAAGAGGAAGACGUUAAGGAUAAGAUAAUAGCAAAAGAAAAACAAUUGGAAGAUAGUGAAGAGGAGAUCGCAUUCAAAAAUAAGAGACACAAAAUAUUGGAAGAUAGUGAAGAGGAAACUACAUUCAAAAAUAAGAGACACAAAAUAUUGGAAGUUGAAGAGCCAAUGACUUUAGAAGAUCAAGAAGAAUUGGCACUUAAAUUAUUAGAGGGACGAUAA